AUGGCCAUAGUAAACAGCAAGAUGUCUGAAAUAACCGAUGUUAAUGUGGAUUCUAUUAUCGAUAGAUUAUUAGAAGUCAGAGGCAAUAGACCCGGCAAACAAGUGCAAUUGAAUGAACAUGAGAUUAGAUACCUUUGUUUGACUGCUCGCGAUAUCUUCAUGAGUCAGCCUAUUCUCUUGGAUUUAGAGGCACCUAUCAAGAUUUGUGGUGAUAUUCAUGGCCAAUACUAUGAUCUGUUGAGAUUGUUUGAAUACGGUGGAUUUCCUCCAGAGUCAAACUAUCUCUUCAUGGGUGAUUAUGUCGACAGAGGAAAGCAAUCACUGGAGACCAUCUGUUUACUAUUAGCUUACAAGAUCAAAUAUCCUGAAAACUUCUUCAUCCUUCGUGGUAACCAUGAAUGUGCUAGUAUCAAUCGUAUUUACGGUUUUUAUGAUGAAUGUAAAAGAAGAUACAACAUCAAAUUAUGGAAGACGUUCACAGACUGCUUCAACUGUUUACCUAUUGCUGCCCUCGUCGACGAAAAGAUCUUUUGUAUGCAUGGUGGUCUCUCUCCCGAUCUUCAAAGCUUUGAACAAAUCCGCAGAGUCAUGAGGCCUACUGAUGUACCUGAUACUGGUCUUCUUUGCGAUCUUUUAUGGUCUGAUCCUGACAAAGAUAUCUCUGGCUGGAGUGAAAACGACCGUGGUGUUUCCUUUACAUUUGGCCCUGACAUCGUUUCAAGAUUCUUACAAAAACACGACAUUGAUCUGAUCUGUAGAGCACAUCAAGUUGUCGAGGACGGCUACGAAUUCUUCUCAAAGCGUCAACUAGUAACUAUCUUCUCAGCACCUAAUUACUGUGGUGAAUUUGAUAAUGCUGGUGCCAUGAUGAGUGUAGAUGAUUCUUUAAUGUGUUCAUUCCAGAUCCUCAAACCUGCAGAAAAGAGAGCCAAAUACGGUGGAUAUGCUGGAAACAAGAAUGCACAAAGAGGCAAGAAGAAGAACGGUUCUUCAUAA